AUGAACCCGUACAUGGCCUGCUCCUCGGACUCGGAGUACGGGUUCUGCCCGUUCUGGACCUGGGACUGCUCGGCCCUCAACGUCGCUCGCACGUGCAGCACCUUCCCGGAGUACGGGGGCACGUGCGUCGGCCUAGGCUGGUACCCCAACGCUACCAUCAACGAGUACGGGUACGUUAGCGGCCCGAACGACAUGAUGUCAGAGAUCUACCACCGCGGUCCGAUCUCGUGUACUGUGGACGCGACUCCUUUGGACUACUACACGUCAGGCAUCAUCACUCAGAAGGGCCUGAGCCUGAACCACAUAGUCUCUGUAACUGGUUGGGGCUACGACGAGUCAGUAAGGGCUGAGCUACUGGUGGCUGCGAAACUCGUGGGGCGAGGCCUGGGGGGAGAUGGGCUUCGCGCGGGUGGCUUUCGGCGCCCUGGCCAUCGAGGUUGA